AUGUGCAUCAGCAUCUUCGUCGACUGGGUGUACUCGCAGAGGCUUCCAAAGAACGACUCCGAGUGGUGCGAUGAGGAGGACCAAGACAUGAGUUUAGGCAAGGCACAACUUGCACGUACCAAAGCUCUUGUUUUUGGCGAUCGCAUUCUCUCUCUAGUGUUCUACAAAAGGGUUCGCGAUAGCUUGUUCGAACACAUUAUUGCGAAGGCUGUAUUCUACGGAGCUGUGAUCCAUGGAUUUGCUAAUCUCCCCAACGAUCACGCGAUCCUCGAUCUCUUUGUGGAGAUGCAUUGCCGGGGUUUUGGGGAUACAAGUGACUCUGCUAAGAACGGUGAAAUCGAGCUUCGAGCCAGUCUGCCACACGAUUUCCUCAUGCGCGCCAUCAUUCGUUACAGUCAAAUCGUCGAGUCAGGGCUACCGGAGGACGACCCUAAGCCGUGCGAUUAUCACGGUCAUGCGGAUGAAAAUGAGAGGAAGCAGUGCCAGGCGGAGGUGGACAAGAACUAA